AUGGCAGCACAUAAACCAUAUAGUUUUCUGGUCCAUCCCAUAGGAAGGUUUUUUGGUCCCUGCGCAAGCUAUAAGCAACCUGUAGAAAUAAUGAGUUUUAGCUACGACGACAAACGGAACUUGCAUAUGGAUGAUAGAGAAUUGAAAUAUUAUUAUCCUCCGGAUUUGGAGAAUUGUGAUCUUUCCCGUGGUUAUGAAAAGUUUAUACAAAGAGAGGACGGUAGCGGUCCGGCACCGAUUCAUUCAUUAUUGGACGCAUUGGCCCACACUAAAGGGUUGUCCCAAGAUAAAAAUUUAACGAGAGCCGAUUUGGUAUCCUGGAGAGGCAUUUUCACAAAGAUCCUAUGCACACCCUACAACAGGAAUGAACCUUGGGAAUUGGGUGCUACACUAUGGAAUAAUACCAUGUAUAUGAUGUUUCAAGAACACGAGACAGAAUACACGAAAGAAAAUGCAGAUGGAGCUACGCCAAGGCACAAAUUGAUGAUUUACUGGGGAUAUAAAUUUGAAAAUCUGUGCACUAUCAAUAAACCUGCUUCCCAAGUUAAUUCGGUCGAGGAUCCCGAGUUGUUAAGUCGAAAAACUUCGGUGGUCAACACCAAU